AUGGCGGUGCGUGGACGCGCGGCGGCGGUAGCGGCAGUAGCAAUGGCUGCUGUGGAUCGGCGGCUGCCGAGUCUCGAUGACUUCGCGGGGCAGAGCUGGAGUGCCUGGGUGGAGAGGGCUGGGCCGCCCGCUGCCGAGACAGGGCCUGAGCUGGAAGAAAACAGUAGGAAUGGGAGCAAGAAGCUGGAUGCAAUGACUCUCAUUAAAGAAGACAUGUCUAUCUUUGGUCACUGCCCAGCUCAUGAUGAGUUCUACCUGGUGGUGUGUAACCACUGUGGCCAAGUGGUCAAACCUCAAGCCUUUCAGAAGCACUGCGAGAGACGGCACGGUCCUCUCAGCAAACUCUAUGGCCGGGUGCAGACGUCUUCAAACUUACAGAAGUGCCAUGCAGCAGUCAAUGGCCGUUCCCUUGCCAGCGGGGGCCAUGGAUCCACCAAGUCUUGGCGUGAGAAACCCCAGGGCUCCUUCAAUCAAGCCCAGCACAUGCCGGAGAGGACAGACAAGGUGCCGAAGGACAACCUGUGCUUGUUUGUGCCUGUCGUGAACCUGGAGAAGAUCUCCAGCCUUCCGAAGCCAGACGGAGAUGGAAUCAAAGCCCCGCCAAAGCCUUCCAACUCUGCCAUCCCCCGACAGUCCUCUGCCAGCUCAAAAGAGGUCCUGGGCAAGCCUUCCUUAGUGGCAUUGCCGAAAGAAGCCCUGACGUCGGCCAAGGCAGGGGGCAGCUCCGUCCUCCCUGCUGAUGGCUUGAGCAGGAAGCUGGAGAAUGCUUCUGCCUUGGGAGAGAAGGAGCCUGGUACCAUGAAAGCUCUGAAAAAGAUGCCACGGAAAGAAUGUGACUUAAACAGGCAAUGUGGGGUGGUGAACCCUGAAACCAAGAAGGUUUGCACUCGGUUACUGACCUGCAAGAUCCAUUCUGUACAUCAGCGUCGCGAGGUGCAGGGGCGUGCAAAGGACUUCGACGUCUUAGUGGCUGAGCUGAAGGCCAACGCCAGGAAAGGGGAGUCCCCCAAAGAUAAGAGCCCUGUGAGGAAGGAAGCAGCCGCCGAACGACUCUCACAGGACUCCUCUUCAUUGUCACAGACAUCCCUGGUCCUGCCCAGUGCUUCUCCUUGCCGUAUAAAGCAACCCUACUCCCACUGUGCACUUUCCAGGUCUCGGGUUUCCUCAGAGAGUGACCCCGAUGACCUACCUACCACCUCUAGCGAAGCCGACCACCGGUUCUACUCUUUCCCUGCACCCAAGAGCACCAGUCGGGUUUCGAGCGAGGAGAGUGAGGACGAGGCAGCGGAGGAGUCCCGCAAGCUAGACUGCCAUUACGCAACACGGUCGCCACGCCCCCAGGCGUUCUGCACUUUCGGAAGCCGGUUGGUGAGCCCAGGGUGCUACGUGUUCAGCCGACGGCUGGAUCGCUUCUGCUCUGCACUCAGUUCCAUGCUGGAGAGGCAUCUCAGCUCACACAUGUGGAAAAGGAUCCCUCCAGCUGCCGAUCACCAGGUUCUCUCCACGCCACCCCCUGUGCUUCUGGGCUUCUCCAGCACUUCCCAGAAUUGCAACUCCUCCCUGGUUUGCAGCCUCCCCCACAGCCUCCCAGGCAGGGCCUCCGUGUCUUGUGCGGCAUCAGCGACGGCAGCCUCCCGGGACAACCGCGGUCACCACAGUCUGAACUAUGCGGUGGGUUCUCCCCACGCGGCGGCCGCCUGCAGCCAGUCCGACUGCCUAGGUGGGAGCCAGUCCAUCACCUCCCCGCUCCCAGCCAACACCCCGUCGCCAUCGUUCAGCAGGUUGCCUUUGACCAAGGCCAGCAAGUCCUCCAAAGCCAAGGAGAUGGCUGGCAACCUGGAACCAGAGGCCUUAGCCCGUAAGCGCAAGCCGCCUCCCAGCGCCCCUGCCAGCCCGCCGUAUAAACAGACGUGCUUCCUGGAUCUCGGCAAGAGCAAAGCAGCCGCGUGCCAGGUCUCCCACCCCUCCGCCAAGGCCAAGCCAUCUGUGAUCUCUUCCUCUGCGCUUUCCCUGAACGGAAGCGUCUCCGCGGGUGCCAGAAUCAAGCGGGUCGGCCACCUGGACUGCAGGGCUCCCAGCCAUGUCCCAGUCAAAGCUUCACAGCUGGAGAACCGGGGCUCCUCGCUGAAUGGGCCAAAGGCGCUGCAGGCCAACUGCAUCUCCGAUGAGGAGGCCAAGAGGCGCAAGAAUACUGCCACCUACUGUAGGCCGGUGAAGGCCAAGCACUCCCCCGCUCCCUUGCCUUCCUCUUCCUCGUCUGAUUUAGGUGGCUCUGUCAGAAGGAAGAAGCCAGUGGUCUCCUUGGGCUUUGAGGAGAAGCAGAACACAAUGAAGUCAAAAGCGCAUUAAUGGCAAGUGCCUGCGUUCUGCAGAAGGAGCCGACGGUCUGAGGACUCUGCCCCUGGGCCCGAUUCGAAGCCUCUUUGCUUUUUAUAACUUUAUAGUAUUUUUUUAAAGAAAAAAAAUCCUCUAAAAUAC